AGAGAGAGAGGGAGAGAGGGAGGGAGGGAGAGAAGGAGAGAGAUCCAGUCUGUGCCAAUUUGCUCUUCAGCUCCAGUGACAGAGAAAGGGGGAGCAAGGGAAGUGAUAUUUCAGGAAUCUUAAGAUACCCACAAACGUGUGACUGAGAGGGAGAGGAAGGAAAAAAACAUCCCAACACGUGAAGCAUUUGCAAAGAAAGACUGACAGUAGAUGAAGACAAGAGGAAACAUCAGGGAGAGAUGUAGCCGGUGCUUCUGUUGCGUGAGCCGCCACGCUGCGAGCCAUGAGUCUUCCACCUGUGUCCAGGAUAUGAGAUCGAUUGUGUGACAACAAAGGCCGUCAUCGAGCUACAGCCUGUGCAGUUCCUGUUCUACCACUGCAAUCACAGUUACACAUAAAACACUCUUGGUAUAAAAGAGUCCUUGGCUACAAAAGGAACAUACACAUUUCAGUCUUUAUUUGUGUCACUGUGGACUGGUGUAACAAUACAAUUGCUUUAUAAUUGUUUUAAGAUUUCAUGAAUGAUGACACUGAACCAUCUGGCCUACCUUUUACAGUUUGCACCCACACCUUGAGACUGUUAAUAGCACAACUUCACACACAUUUCUGGUCCAAAUGAUUUAUCUCACAUCCUCAUAACAAACUCUUCCUCACCUUGUCUGAAUCAGCUCCUGUUACCUGUGGGGAUUAUGAGGCCGACUUUAGUGUUUCUACAGACACAGUGUCUCCUGUGUGUGUUCGUUGGUGUAUGUGUGCCUGACGUAGUGGGCUCACUACCUCAUGCACUACCAUGGCACGUCUCCUGCCCGUCGCGGUGUGUGUGUCAGAUCAAGCCGUGGUUCUCCCCUGAUUCUGUCUACCAUGAAGCUCCCACUGUGGACUGCAAUGACUUGCUGUUGACCAAGCUCCCUUUACCCAUACCUACGAACACACACACCCUGCGUCUGCAGAGUAACCUUCUGUCUGAGAUCGACACUGCGUUGCUGCAUAGGCUCCCCAACCUCACCGACCUUGACCUUUCCCAGAAUCGCUUCACCCGCGUCAGGACAAUAACUCAGAGCUCCUCCCUGCCGUCUUUGCUGUCUCUUCACCUGGAGGAAAACCAUCUCAGUCGCCUCCCUGAUGGCUCCUUCUCCUCGCUUCCAACUUUGCAGGAACUCUUUCUCAGCCAUAACAACGUACAUUCAAUAGCACCUGGAGCCUUCACCGGUCUGGACUCCCUACUGCGUCUGCAUAUCAACAACAACAGGCUCACCACUGUUGACCCUCGGUGGUUCAGGUCUCUGCCUCACCUGGAAGUUCUCAUGCUCGGGGGAAACCCUGUGGAGGUCUUGCCUGAGCGAGGCUUCCAGGCCCUUAAAUCCCUCCGGAGUCUUGUCCUUGGUGGUAUGGGUCUGAGAAGCUUGGCUGAAAAAGCACUGGAAGGGUUGGAGGGUCUAGAGAGCCUCUCCUUUUACGAUAACCGGCUGACAAAGGUCCCCACUCAGGCCCUGAGGAGAGUGCCAGGAUUGAAGUUCCUUGAUCUCAACAAGAACCGCAUCAAACUGAUCGAGACAGGAGACUUCCGAGACAUGAUCCACCUGAAGGAGCUUGGCCUGAACAACAUGGAGGAGCUGGUGUCCAUUGAGAGAGCCGCCCUGGAGAACCUUCCAGAGCUCACCAAGCUUGAGAUCACCAACAACCCGCGACUGUCCUACAUUCAUCCGCAGGCUUUCCUCCAGCUGAGCAGGCUGGAGAGUCUAAUGCUCAACUCCAACUCCCUGAGCGCCGUGCACCAGCACAUCAUGCUCUCCCUGCCGAGUCUUCAGGAGGUGAGCUUACACUCCAAUCCUCUGCGAUGUGACUGCCUGUUUCACUGGGCUGCUAAGGAAGCUUCUCACCCUCACAGUGAAGACACACAAACAGAUGCACGAACAGCUCGGAUGGUGCGUUUCAUCCAACCCCAGGCCACGCUGUGCUCUGAACCCCCGGAGCUAAGAGCUCGUAGGGUGAGAGAGGUGUCAUCCAGGGAGAUGUCAGCCUCAUGCCUCCCCAUGAUCCCUACCAGUUCCCUCCCCUCCUACGUUGGGGUAAGAGAAGGAGGAAAACUGGUCUUGCACUGUCGAGCUCUUGCAGAACCACAGCCUGAACUGUACUGGGUGACUCCCUCUGGGCUGAGACUUGGUCCUGCCCCAAGCCAUGCAUCCAAACAUUUACCAGCUCCUGCUCCCUGCCACAGCCUGACAGCCUCUGAGGGAUUCAACCACACAUCUGCCUCCAGCGCUUCUCCCAGCCAAGAUGAUACUCCCUGUAACCCCUCCAGACCCUACCAGCUACUGCCUGAGGGAACUUUGGAGAUGAACAAGGUCACCCCUAGCGAGGCAGGAUUGUAUACCUGUGUAGCUGAAAAUGCACUGGGAGCAGAUACACGCAGUGUUACUGUGGGUGUGCAUGGCAGAGAAAAGAAAAGAAAGCGGGGGGUGGCUGCUAAUAUCAAGAGAUAUCCACUAUACAGAGCAGAUGCCAGGUUGGAGGUGAGGGAGGUUGGACAACACUAUGCUAUCCUGUCCUGGCAAACCGGGCGCAACUUCCCUUCAACUCGUCUGUCCUGGCAAGCCAUAUACUCAAAUGCACACACGCCCACAUACACCACACGCAUCCUGGCUGGUACACAGAGCUUCAACCUAACCCACCUGCAGGCAGAGACAUUUUACAGAGUGUGUCUACAUUUAGGGGUGAGUGAGGGCGCCAAGCAUUCCGGCAGAAGAUCAAGAGAAAGCAAAAAGACUCACUGUGUUUCAUUCAGGACAAAGGAUGUCCCAGAGCCUCAGCCCAGCCUGCAAUUAAGCCCAGAGCUGACCUCCACAGCAGUCACAUUACUGCUCCUCGCUCUCAUACUGCUGCUGCUGGCAGGCCAGGGCUGGGACACUGAGGGUGCAGGGAAGUACCACAGUACUGUCCUCCAGGAUAUCAAAAGUCCCAAGGCUCUGGUUGUCAAUCAAAAAACAGAAGGGAGCAACAAACAUACCCCAGAGCAGAGUGAUAAACUGCUAUUACAUCAGGACUGUUGAGAUAAUUAUAUUUGUGCACAUUCAAAUCAAAAAAGACAAAAAACACUGACGCAUACACACACAUAUACAGUUUGUGAAUCAUGGCUAGAAGAGAGGCUUCAUAGAUGAGAGCAGUGGUGUCGAAAGAGAUUUGUAUUUAUUUUAUAUACCAUAAAAAGUAUAUAUUGACAUUGUUUAUGUGUUAAGAUGUAUUGUAAAUAAUGCCUAAACUCCUAACCAGGGAAAUAAAACUGGACAAUCAUAUUCCUGCAGCACAGUGAGUGAACACAGGAGACACAAAUGAGUCUGUGCUACUGAUGACCACUGGACUGAAACUAAAGAAAAAACCUGAUUCAAUCCAGGGACAGAUAUUUACACAGAGAGCGGCUCAGACCUCCAGGGUAUUUGUCAUGUUUCCUGUCUACAUGUUCCACAGACUGAACCACACUUUCCCCAAGCAGAUGAAACUCUGUCUUGAGACUGAUACUGAGUGAAAUUCCCGCAUUGAUGUAAACAGCCUUUUUGCUUAGCUUUCAGUACCUUGGACUGGGUUGUCCAUCCUGCAGUACAUAUACCGUAUAUUCAUCCAGAUUCCCUGCCUAACAUCCUCUUUCAGUAUACAAGUGAUCUAAAAGUGGUUGUGUUAAAUUCUAUUUUGAGCUAUUAUACAAUAAAAUCUUUUUAAUUUAAACAA